AUGCGUUUAGUCAGCCGUCUGAUGUCAAUUGGCUGGAUUGAGAUUGUUGGAUGUGCGGAUCGUUCCUGUUAUGACCUCUCCUGUCAUGCGCGAGCCACCAAAGUUCCACUUGUAGCUGAGAAACGUCUGAAAGAGCCGAAAACAGUCAGCGUUGUUCAGUUUGAACCCAAUAAGGGAACCAUUGGUAAAGCGUAUAAAAAGGAUGCAAAGCUGGUGAUGGAGUAUCUUGCCAUUUGUGAUGAGUGUUACGUUACAGAAAUGGAGACACUACUAAGUGAGAAAGGAGAAUUCACUAUUGAAACUGAAGGGAAAACAUUUCAGUUAACAAAAGACAUGGUCAAUGUGAAGAGAUUCCAGAAAACACUACAUGUGGAAGAAGUUGUUCCAAGUGUAAUUGAGCCCUCCUUUGGCCUGGGCAGGAUCAUGUAUACGGUAUUUGAACAUACAUUCCACGUACGAGAGGGAGAUGAACAGAGAACAUUCUUCAGCUUCCCUGCUGUAGUCGCUCCAUUCAAAUGUUCUGUCCUCCCACUGAGCCAAAACCAGGAGUUCGUGCCAUUUGUCAAGGAAUUAUCGGAAGCCCUGACCAGGAACGGCGUGUCUCACAAAGUAGAUGAUUCCUGCGGGUCAAUUGGAAGACGCUAUGCCAGGACUGAUGAGAUUGGGGUGGCUUUUGGCAUCACCAUUGACUUUGACACAGUGAACAAGACCCCACACACUGCCACUCUGAGGGACCGAGACUCGAUGCAGCAGAUAAGAGCAGAGGUCUCUGAACUGCCCAGUCUAGUCCGUGACUUGGCCAAUGGCAGCAUCACAUGGGCUGACGUGGAGGCCAGGUAUCCUCUCUUUGAAGGGCAAGAGACUGGCAAAAAGGAGACAAUCGAGGAAUGAGAACAAUUUUGACAACUUUUGACCACUUGCACUAAUAAAAAAAAUAACUUAUCAUGUCCACUUUACAAAAAAAAAAAAGCAUUGUGAUCACUCCCAGGGACUGUAUUUUAUCAUCAGUGGCUGCCUGAUUUUACCCCCACAAUUAAAGUUGAAGUUCUCAACAAAC